AUGUCGUCCGAUGGGGUGCGCAUGGAUCCUGACAAGGUUAAGGCUGUGGUGGAUUGUCCAAUCCCAGAUUCCCGCAAGGCCCUGCAGAGGUUUUUGGGAUUUGCCCAUUUUUACUGGCGUUUUAUUAGCAAUUUCAGCCAACUAGCCACUCCCCUGACUGCCUUGACCUCCCCCGCAACAGCGUUCAGGUGGUCUGAUGCAGCCGAGGCUGCAUUCUCCAACCUCAAAAGCCGCUUUGUUUCGGCUCCCAAUCUUGUCGCCCCGAUCUGUCACGUCAGUUUGUGGUGGAGGUUGACGCGUCAGAUGUGGGGGUAG